GUGGAGGUGCUGCACCUGGGCGACUGCACCAGCCCGGAGGAGAGGGGCUGGAUCUACGGCCGCUGCGCGCCGAGCGGCCAGGCGGGCUGGCUGCCGCAGAGCUGCGUCCUGCGGGCGCCGCCGCUCUGCCACGGCGCCCCCGCCGGGCUCGUCGGCGGCGACUGCUGCGAGGAAGGCACGCUGUGGUCGACGAAGGCGUGCAGUGCCACCGCCAGCCAGGGACCCGGGUACCUGGCGCUGGUUCCCAACGACACC